CCAAAUAUACAAUUUUCAGAGGCCCCCGGUAGGGGGUUAUUUAUUCUGCCCUCCUUUCUCUCUCUCUGAUCAUCUUAAUUCCUCUUGUCUGGCAUCCACUAAUCAUUUUCUAGAUUGCUUUAGCUUGUCCUAACCCUCCCUUUUGUUUCUUGUAUCCUCUUAUCCCCUGUGUAUCCCAUUUUGCGGCUUUUGUGAAGCAUUAGAGGCAAGACAGUCCACGACCCAGAAAUGAGGUAAAUCUUCGGAGAAACCAGGGCAAAGGGUCUCCCGCCCUCCCGUGCCCAAACAUAAUUCACCCUCUUUUUUUUUUUUUUUUUUUUUUUUGUUGCUUGGGUUGUUGUUGUAAAUUUCUUCUUGUAUAAUUGGUUUCUGUAAAAAGGGAAGAUAAGAACCUUGUUGUUGUUGGUUGUGUUUGACAUAUAUAUAUUAAAAAUAAAAAAUAAAAAAAACAAAAGAAGAAGAAGAAGAAAGAAAUAUUAGUAAGAAAUAAGUCCAAGUUCAUGGCGGGAUGCUCAAUUAUAACAAAUGGGUCUGUCUUAGAUUGUGUUGAGGUAGUUAGUGAUUACCAAAAUAAUGGCCGUUGCCUUGCUGCUGAUAAUUCCGUAAGAGAUGGCAUCGAUGAUCGUCGUGCUGAUUAUAUGGUUAAACUACGAUGCCUGUUCGACCAGGUUCUUUCAGUUUUUCUUAAAGAGAUUAAUAGUAAUGGUGUAAUUAGGCCUGUUCCGGCAAUGUUCGGUGAUGGGCGGUCUCCGGAUUUGUUUAAGCUGUUCUGGGUGGUGAGGGAGAGAGGAGGGUUUGACAUGGUGUCAAAAAAAGGGAUGUGGGCUUUCGUUGCGGAGGAAUCAGGUUUGGAUCUUAGUGUGACACCUUCGGUGAAAUUGAUAUAUUAUAAGUACUUGAACGAGCUGGAGAAAUGGUUCGAGAAGAGGUGUAGAGAUGGGAAGUUGGGGAAUGGACAGUGUGGAUGCGAUGGGGAAUUUAGUUUGUUAUCUUUGGAGCUAGAGAAAGAUUUUAGAGGUUUAUUAUUGGAUGGUCCAGGGAGAAACCAGAACAGAGAUGUUGAGCUUGUUCGACUGGAAUCUUGCAAAAGAGGGAACUACAUGGAUAUGGAUAUUGAGAGGAGUGGAUUUGAUAUCUCAGACACCAAUAUCGCUUGUACCAUGUGGGAAGAUGUUAGUAAAUGGCAUAGUGAUGAUGGCGAAAACAUUCACCACGAUAGCAAAAGCAUUUUUAAUGAUGAGGCCACUGAUCGUGUGAUCAUCAGUUCUAGUAUUGCUAGGAGAGAACUUAAUUUUCAUAAGAGAAAGCGAGAGUCUUUGGCAGGAAUGCUGAAUUGGGUGAUCCAGAUUGCAAAGCAUCCUGAGGAUCCUUCAGUUGGAGUAACGCCAAAGCCAUCAAAGUGGAACGAACAUGAAAGCAAGGAGUUAUGGGUCCAGGCAUUGAGGGCAAGGGAAGCACUGUUUCUAAGAAGGCAUCCCAAUCCAAAAACUGAAGGAUCUCUUGUGGAGAAGAAGCUAAAGAUGCACCCCUCUAUGUACGAGGAUGGUAAUUCUCCUAGUCAUCAGUCUACAGAGAGGUUAAGAUGCAGUGAAAGGCUUCCUACUUCAGCGAAAUGUCGUGCAUGUUCUUGUUGCACCCAAAGUAAAUUAAGCCCUCGCAAGAUAGAGUUGGAUAAUGGCCCCAAGGAGCAAGAACCUGUUACUGACGAUAUAUCGGCCACAAAUACCAUAGUUGGCCCAGCUGGGGAUGAUCCCCGCCAAAAGCAAGUUUGCAUGGAUUCUCAACUCCAAGCUGAGGUCCCUGAAUGGACUGGUGUGGUUUCAGAGAGCGACUCUAAGUGGCUAGGGAAAUGUGUAUGGCCUUUGAAACCUGAAAAGCAUAAUGGCUCAGUUGAAACAGAUCCCAUUGGGAGAGGAAGACCAUACUUAUGUGGCUGUCGACUCCCAGGUUCUGUUGAAUGUGUUAGAUUUCAUAUAGCUGAGAAGAGGAUGAAAUUGAAGCUUGAGCUGGGCUCGAUGUUUUAUUGUUGGCGAUUUGAUCGUAUGGGUGAGGAAGUUUCACUUCAGUGGACGAAUGCCGAAGAACAGAGAUUUAAGAAUAUGGUAAGGUCAAAUCUUUCUGAUAAUGCAUUCAAGUACUUUCCAGGGAAGACAAGGGAGAACUUGGUGAGCUAUUACUUCAAUGUAUUUCUUGUCCAGCGUAGAAGAUAUCAGAAUCAUGUGACUCCAAAGAAUGUUGACAGUGAUGAUGAUGAAGCAGAGUUUGGAUCAUUAAGUGAUGGUUUUGGGCAUGAAGCACUGAAGGUUACAGGCUCCAAGUUUCCAGCGUGUUCUGAGAAUAAGCAAUGCACUGAUUUCGAAUAGGGAAAAAUAUGGAGCUGGAUUCCAUCACUCAGACCAGAGGUUUGGUUUGUCCCUCGAGGCUGAACAAUAUGACUUUGCGCCUGUUCAUAUUUUGUAAAACAAUUUUCCCUCCCUCAUAUUCACAGAUACAGCUUCUCUCUCCUUGAAAUUUUGGUGGGAUGAGAUUAUCGCAGUCAAAUGUGGUGAUGCAAUUUUGAUGAGAAAGUUAUGACCAUGGUCGUGGAUGCCGAAUGCUGAGUCUCUGGAGCAAGUAGCUUUGAUUGCUCAAGUAUCACCUCACAAGGUUGUAUUGUUGAGCUGGAUGCUGCUUUGUAAAUACUGUAAAACCAAAACUCGGUACUACCAUACCUUUAGAGCAUAACUAUCUCAUUAGAUAGGGAGAGAUAUAGUGGCUCGAAUUCAAGUUAUAGUUUGAUUUUUGUUGGUUUUAACUAAGAUGUGCAAGUGGUGCUCGAUCUUUUGAAUUAUUUUACAUCAUGUUAGUUGUGUUUGUUCUUGUA